AUGACGAUACCUAGAGACAUUAGAGAGUUGCGGAAACAGGGUAAAAUACCUUCCUUUUGUCUGCUGGUUACAUCUGAAGGACUCGAGGAAAUCCUACAACUUUUACGAGAUGGUAACAAUACAGAAGCGGAAAACUUGAUGAUUUUGGCGACUGUUUCAAAUAUCCUUCUUGUUAAUAGACAGCUUCAUAAACUGUAUUUCACCCCCAAUUGUUCCAAUUCUGUUUUGAAAGAUUUAAUUGAACUGGCAAGAGUCGGUAUUACACGUGAGUUUAAAAGACUUGAAGAUCCAACCUCCAUUCCUGAGAACUUCUCCUAUGAUAGAACGGCAGUCUAUAGACUCGUAUUCCUUAUCUUAUACGAUGGGAAGGGAUAUCUAGACCAGAAGUUAUUGGAACAGACCCAUGGUGUAUUGGUGGAUGCAUUUAAAAUAUCCAAAAUAGUUCUUCCAAACAAUUGGGGAACUCAAGCAUUUUUGACCCUUUUCAAUGAAAUUUCAAAAGGAUUGAGCACCAUGCUCCAUAAAUAUGAAGAAAGAGAUCCUGUUAAAUCAGUUUCUGCCGCUGAUUGUAUAGAUGCAUUCGACCAACUUCUUACACUUGGUGAAUCAUGUGGUAAAAAUUUCAGUCAUCAUGAAAAUAUGUUGAGUAGAAGUAUUUUGAAUAUGUAUGUGGUACUUACAUCGAAAAAUGGAUUCAAUAGUAAACUUGACGGUAAAUUCCCGCCCUUUGAAGUCAGUGACAUUCCUCACAAGGUCAGAGUUCUCACUAGUGUGGUGACGUACUCGGCACAACAAUUGGAUGUGUUUAAAAGACAAGACCCUUGUGUCAUUGGAGGACUGGGGGUGUUCUUUGUUGAACUAUCAGAUAUCAUGAGUUUAGUGGCCAUUACAAAACUUAAUUUCAUUGAUUUACUCGAAUAUAUUGCCAAAGUGUCUGCCAAUGGUGAUAAAGAUAAUGAACUUCCUGUUCUUAUGGAGUAUCAUAAAUGGUGGAAUGAAAACUUCUAUCCAGUGGAAGGAGGUGAAAACACGAUUUUCAGUCUUUUCUAUGAACUUACUCUACUUUCAAGUCCAACAAAUGAUAAGGCAAGAUUGGACGACCUGGCAUAUUAUAGUCAAAUUAAAAGUCUUAUCCUUGAUGGAUACUUUGAAUUAUGUUUACCAUUACAUCGUUCAUUAAAUCAAAACCAAAGAAAUCGUAUACAAUUGGAAAAAUUCUUAUCAUUGUUUGGAUUAUCCAUGUCAAUGUCUUAUUUACAAAGUAAAGGCAUUCAAAUUCCUGAUGAUAUGUAUGUUAACAAAAAGUAUUUUGAAACGAAUCCUAAAUUUGUUCCUCCAAGAUUACGUUCUCGUCAGGAUAAUGAUGAAUCAUCAAUGGGGAUUUUUAAUUCUCUUUUCCUGAAGACUUCGUACGGUGGAGACAACACCUCUACAUAUUUGACCCCAAGUGUCCCAGCUUCACCAACCCUGAAUCCAAUGACUGAAGAAGAAAAAGAAUUGGAAGCUGAAAAAUUAUUCACCUUGUUGACCAGAGUGGAAAAAAACCCAUCAUUCAAAAACUUUAAAAACCCAAUAAGAGAAUUUCAACAAUCUGGAAAGUUUGAAAACUUACUGUUGAAUGAUGAAGUUGAUGUAUAA